UCUCGGCCUCCGCAUGCCCCCCUUCUCCUCCUGCUGGCGACUAUCGUUCGUCCUCUCUGUCACACGCAAAGAAAUGGACGCAAGAGCCCCUUUCGCCAUGAUCUUCGAGGGAAAGAACUAUCAGCUAUGGGAGAGAAAGGUUCACAACGCACUGGCACGAGCUGAGGUGCUUCGACAUGCCUUGAAGAAGCCACCACCAAUAGCUCAGCGGCAGGAGCAGUGGCUCGUGGCCGAUCGCAAGGCCGUAGCCAUCAUCGAAGACCACCUCGGGGACAGGAUUCUGACAGAGCUUCCUUCGUAUCCAUGUCGCUCGCCGGGCAAAGCCGACUACACGGAUGAUGACGGGCUCGCUUGUGAAAGGGAAGAACUAGUCAGCUAUCACUUGCUCAAAUUCAUCAGAGCCAAGUACGGACCGCUUUCCUUCAAAGAUGCCCAGCAAAGCCUCCACAACGUUCAGAGAGAAGAGAGUCUCGAGGAGUUCUUCGACCUCAAGUGGUAUACCUGGAAGGAGGCUGGUGGAAAACUUGCGGAAAGCCACAUGAACUUUUGCUAUAUAGUACUGAUAGGCCUCAACAGGCGUAUUUACUCCAGACUGAUCGAAAGGGCUGCAACGAUGCUGGAUGAGGCGGACGAAACAAGCGGCGCCGAACUCGUAGAAAAGUUCCGGAUGUGUCUCUUAGAUCAGGAACCCGCCUGAUGGUCGCCAGAGAGGGUACUCGAGGAAAGGCUCUUGAGCGUCUUAUCGCUCAA